AUGACGGCUUCACUCUCGCCAGAGAAAGAGAAGCGGCGGUUCAGAAACCUGGCCGUUCGUUCUGGAGUGAACCUCGGGGUUAUCAAUGAGGAGCGGACUGUCGGUGAGGGCUCAGAACGACGUCGCCUUCUGCGUCCCCCAGGUCGACCUCCAGGAGGGUGUCUCGAAUGGUGUUGUGGACCACCCAUCGAGGUCUUCACGGACGGCCUCACUGAGAGGUUGGGGAGGCGCUGCCUUGGGCAACCACUCGACAGGGGGUUUGGGUUCUCCCCCUUGGGCCACACUCAACCUCUCCUGGAUCUGUUGGCUCUGUAG